AUUGAUCCCGCAGGGUUAAAGCCUGCGCGUAGGAACCCCCAACAAGCGCGCGCAGUUCCUACCAUCCCCAAUCCACAAGGAUCAGCCCUCCAAGUCACUCGACCAAAACAAAUCAGUCGAGCCAGCCAUGAAGUAACCACCGGGACGUGUGUCCUCUCGCCCCUCGUACGCGCACUCAAUAUGAGUCCUGGAUUGGGCCACGAUUCACUAGGAAGUCACAAUAACACAUUCGUUGCUACGGCUGGUCUAUGUCUAUGGCAACAGCCUCAGCACGUCCUAUUUCAACUGGCGAACUGCUGUUUCGCCCUGUCCUACUCAGCACCUUCAUCGAAGAAGGGAAUACUCUUCAUGCAUUCACUCCUCAUAAUCGGUUUCAUACUGCUCUCCGGAUGGGCUUGGCACGUCAUCUGCGCUCCUGACAUAUUCUCCUGGAACUUCUCAUUCCUUCUGCUUAACAUCUGUCAACUAGUCUACAUCGUUUAUCAGAUGCGACCGGUGAGGUUCGAUCCGGAGCUCGAGGAGGUCUAUCACACCCUCUUCUUCCCCUUCAAGGUAUCACGGAUGCAGUUUAAAAGACUGGUGUCUCCGGAGUUCGCAACAAUAAUGUCACUCCACGCCGGCGAAGCCUACGCAAUGCAAAACUUGACACGCACUGAUAGACUAGGUCUCUUGCUGAGUGGAAAAGUCAAUGUUCUGAGUGAAACUAAUUUCCUUCAUCCAAUACUGCCAUGUGAAUUCCUAGAUUCGCCGGAGUUUGAGAGCUCUCGAGCGUCCGUUGAUGAUAAGUUCAAAGUUUCGAUUGUCGCAGCAAGUUCAUGCAGAUACUUAUACUGGCAGAGAUCAGCACUGGAGUAUCUCCUGGUGAAAGAGGCAUAUCUAGCGACUGUGUUGACGACCCUCGUUGCGAGGGACAUUGCAACCAAGUUAUAUGCCAUGAAUAGUAAGAUAGUCACGGAUAAAGGAUCGCACCUGGACAUAAGAUUGCCAUCGAUAAGUGCUGGCAUCGGUGUCAGUUCGGAGUACCGGAGUCCACGGGCCUCGAGGCAAGCGCUGAUUCGGCGGAAAGAUGCGAAACACGCUGCGAAUAAUGUAGGUGGCGCUAAACCAAAAGAUCGACCAGUCAAUAACCUCACAAAACUGGGCGCCCCAAACAUGGAACCACUACCAGAACUGCCGUCUUGCGAUGAUUUAGCAUCGAGUGGAGUCGAAAGCUGGCUCGACUCCUCAAGCAAAUACCACAGCUGCGAAAUCGUCGAUGAGGAGUGAAUCGAGAACAUCAGGAAUACGAGAUAACUGUUUCAUUCACACUGUCUUCCUGAUUAUUUUUUUACACGAUUCAGCCGGUGAACAUUGCGGCGUCACCGGAGUGUUGCACAUUUUUAAUGUUAAACGCAAUGUUGUGCAUCUUUUAUCACUUCUGUCAGUUGAUCAAUGAUAUAUACAGAUUAUAGCUAUGUUUUGAAUUUGUACCACCACGAGUUUUGAUUGAACUCGAUCCUUAGUAGAGAGUAUACACAAUUGUAUUAUUCCUGUUGUAAUAAACGUUUGAAUAAUAAA